AGAAAAAGACACUAAAUGGUAGGCAUUCAGCCAGUCAUAUUAUUUGCCUGAUGUUGAAAAGGAGAAAUAUUGUGCAAGACUGCAUUUUGCAUAAGGAUCAAAGAUCAGCAACACGAAUAUGGUGUUGCAUGUGAUUACAGUUGGAAGGAUAAUGUUUCUUUUGACUACAUCGUUGACAGACUGUUGCCACGUUGGACAUGUCUAGAAUGUCUCGUCUCCACAUUUCACUCGUUCCCUUCAUCACGUUACUGGCCGCGACACAGUGUAUCACAGAUGGUACAGGUCACGUGGGGGUGAAGUGUGUGGAGGACCACCUAACUGUGAAGGUUGGAGAAGAUUUUCUUGCCCGGUGCCAUUAUUCUUCCCCUGAUGAAGCGAACGACACUACUCUCAGUUGGACAAAGUUGGAUACCAUGACGAUAAUCUAUAACUAUUCAAUCAGCCAGACAGAGCAAGAUCCCAGCUCCAAAGACCGAGCUGAGGUUUUUGGCAGUGAAGGGAACAUAUUCCUGAGACUGAGAAACGUGACUCUUCUGGACUCUGGAUUCUAUGGACUUCGCGUUUCCAGUCGAACCCAAAGUAAUGAGACCCACAUUAUGUUAGGAGUAAGAGCCAUUGGUGAACCGCCAGUCAUUCAUUCCCACGUGACCGACCAGGGCCUCUCUGUGCUGGUGUGUGAAUCUUCUGGGUGGUUCCCAGAGCCGUCGGUGACCUGGGAGAACGGGCUGGGAAUACAGCUGACCGAGCACGCCCACACAGAGAACCUGAACAGUACAGAUGGCAGCAUCCGAAUGAGGAGCGUGCUGAGCCUGGGUCAUGGGCCCAUUAACAACUACACCUGCACCAUGAGGGAUCGCCACCUGAACGAGACAGUGUCCUUCGUGUUUGUGGUUCUGUUUCCAGGGUCACCUUGGCAUAUCGCAGCUGGUGCAGCAGGGACUAUUGUCUGCUCUGUGAUCUUGACCGUUGCAAUUUACUGGAGUUGGUAACAAUUUUGUAAAGAUUUCCCCUGUGUGACUGUGUCACUGAAGACUCUGGUUUAAAGGAUGCCUCCGUUGCAGACGCAGGACGAUCUGAAAGUGAGUGGAAAGGACUUGGUUUCAUCUGAACACAGAAAGGACAUUCUCCUUCCCCCUCUAUGACACCGGAGCCAUCUGUGAUGGAGUCCCUGGCCUUCCCAAGAGCUGCUCCACACAGGAUCCAUUACUAUUUAUUUAAUGAAUUCUUUGUUUAGCACAUUGCAGUGUGGCCUCAGCUUUGUCAAAGAGCUCUGAACUUGCCCAACGGUGGAAUGUCAGACCAAAUUCACUGUCUAAUCAGGAUGUUCUGCAGCUCACGUUGUGAUUUGUGUCGACUGUAGAAAUUCUUCUUUGGAACUAGCAUGCUCUUUAGGGACUGGAUGCCUUAGCAAUUGUUAAUGUUCAGAGAAACUUCUAUUUGGAGAAUUGACACAGUUUGCACAUUGUUAUCUCUGUCCGAUUUAUUUAAUCUCAUGGGAGGCGAGGAGAGUUUUAAUGCUAUGAAAUAACAGGAAAUUCUCUUCAAACCUGUUUAUUCUGUCAGCCUCUCAGAUUGAGGCCCAUAGUUUGAUCAUUGUUCCAUUGCUCCAGGAUAUUUUACACUCUAAGUAUUAGAUCAAUUUCAUUAUUUUUGUAUUGUGGGAAUGUAAUCCAUAAGGUUUUUGCACCAAAAGGGGCAACGAUAUACUCAACUAAUCCUAAAUCCCCUGGUUCAAACAUUUCUACAGAUAUCGCCCAAGAACGUGUAAUAAUCUCCAAGCGAUACCCCAGUAAAACAUGACACAUUAGUAUUAGUUUAUUAUUGUCACCUGUACAAGAUAGAGUGAAAACAUUUUGUGUCAAAUCAUACUAUACACUAGUACAAUCAAGCCACACACUAUAGGUGGUGCAAAGGGAAAAAUUCGAGAGUGCAGAAUAUAGUAUUAUACUCUAGAGAUUUACAGGUGCAGAGAAAAAGUGCAAUGAAGUAGGUUGGAAGAUUGGGAACUACACCCUGGCUUAUGAUAACAACAGAGAAGAAGCUGUUCCUGCAUAUGAAUCAUUGCAGCAACUCUGCACAAAGAUUUAGACGAGAUACAGCGUAGAAAAGGGCCCCUCGGCCUACCGAGUCCACGCCGACCAGCGAUCAUCCCGUACACUAGCACUACCCUACACACUAGGGACAAUUUACAGAAGCCAAUUAACCUACAAACACGUACACCUUUGGAGUGUGGGAGAAAACCAAAGCACCCGGAGAAAACCCACGCGGUCACAGAGAGAACGUACAACUCUGUACAGACUGCGACCUUAGUAAGGAUCGAACCCGGGUCUCUGGCGCUGUAAGCCAACAACUCAACCACUGCACCACUGUGCCGCCCUGUGCCAACGAAGAUGUUGAUCCCUCUUACCUCGCUCCUUUACGUGUAGCCAAUUCAAUAAACGACUCCUCAACCAGAGGUUCAAUUUCA